CAAUUACCAUAAAUCUAUCGAGAACGCCGAUGGGCCGGAAAUGACGUGGUGUUUAUGUUUCAUGCUCACUGAUAAAGCCCGGUGGUCAUUGACCCGCGUAGUAGUUAUGGUACAAGGCCAAAGCGGGCAUUCGUCAAUUGACUCGUCUAGGCUUGCUUCCUCCUCCAAGAAGCUGAGAGUCACUCCAUCAUGGCGUCGUCAAUGCGAGGACUGACACAGUACAUCUCGGACCUUCGAGCAUGUCGUGUCAGAGAGUUGGAAGAGAAGCGCGUGAACAGGGAGAUGGCGCACAUCAGGCAAAAGUUCAAAGAUGGCAGUCUCGACGGAUAUCAGAAGAAGAAAUACCUUGCGAAGGUAGUCUUCACCUAUAUCCUCGGGUACAAGGUGGACGUUGGGCACAUGGAAGCCGUCAACUUGAUCAGCUCGUCAAGGUACAGCGAGAAGCAAAUAGGUUACCUCGCCCUCACCCUCUUGAUGCACGAGCAUUCUGACCUGGUGCGGCUGGUGAUCAAUUCUUUACGGAAGGAUCUGGACGACCCGAACGAGAUCUACAACUGCUUAGCUCUGCAUGCCAUCGCUAAUUUGGGAGGCAAAGAGAUGGCCGAGGCAUUGAGCGAUAAUGUGUAUCGAGCCAUGAUCAGCCAAACUUCGACCAUCUUCGUCAAAAAGAAGGCGGCUUUGACUCUGCUCCGACUCUAUCGGAAGCACCCUUCGGUACUUGAUGCCAGAGAUUGGGCAGAUCGUAUAAUAGGGAUGAUGAACGAUCCUGAACCCGCAGUCGCAUUGACCAUUGCGAGCUUGGUGACUGCCAUGGCUCAGGACAAUCUUGAUGCCUUCAGAGGAUGUUAUCAAAAAGCGGUCAAAUGGCUCGACAGAAUUGUCUUCGAUGGCGAUUGCCCGUCCGAAUACAUCUACUACAAAGUCCCGAAUCCCUGGCUACAGAUCAAGCUUUUACGCUUAUUGCAAUAUUACCCACCGCCCGACAAUAUCAAGACCAUCGACAUGCUCAACGGCAUCCUGCAGGCGAUCAUUGAUGCCUCCCAAGAGACUCCACGGAAUGUGCAACACAACAACGCUCAAAAUGCUGUUUUGUUUGAAGCUAUUAAUCUAGCUAUACACCUGGACCCAGAAUCCGCAGUCGUCUCGAGUGCCUCUAUCUUGCUCGGUCGCUUCAUCCUGGCGAAAGAGACAAAUGUCCGGUAUCUCGGCCUCGAGGCCAUGGCGCAUCUCGCAGCCUGCUCGAGCUCCCUCGAGCCGGUCAAGAAGCAUCAGGAUACCAUCAUUUUGUCACUGAAGGACCGAGAUAUCUCAGUCAGGAGGAGAGCACUGGACUUGCUAUAUUCAAUGUGUGACACCACGAACUCCAAAGUUAUCGUAGGCGAACUGGUCCGGUACCUCCAAGUCGCAGAUUACAAUCUGAGGGAAGAGAUGGUGUUGAAAAUUGCCAUCUUGACGGAGAGAUUCGCCACAGAGUAUGAAUGGUACGUCGACACCAUCCUGCAACUCAUUUCGGCUGCUGGAGAUCAUGUCGGCGACGAGGUCUGGUACCGUGUUGUCCAACUCGUCACGAACAAUGAGGACCUACAGCCAUACGCAGCUGGAGCAGUCUUCCAGCAUCUACAAGCUGCGACCUGCCACGAGACGAUGAUCAGAGUCGGCGGGUAUAUCCUCGGCGAAUUUGGUCAUCUAAUCGCCAAUGAGCAAGGUUGCAGUCCGAUCGAGCAGUUCCAGGCCCUUCAUUCGAAGAUCAAUCUGUGCACUGCACCAACUCGAGCUCUCCUACUGACGACAUAUAUUAAAUGGGUCAACCUUUUCCCCGAGAUCAAGGACCAUCUCAUGAAUAUUUUUGAACGGUACACACAUGUACUGGAUGCCGAGCUUCAACAACGAGCCUGCGAGUAUCUCGCGCUGGCUGGACGUGGAGAAACGGACGAUCUCUUGUCCACGAUUUGUGACGAGAUGCCCGUCUUCCCGGAACGCGCGUCCGCUCUCGUCAACCGCCUACAUAAGAAGGGAGAAGAGGCACAGGAUAAGAGGACAUGGGUCAUUGGCCACUCGACAGAGAACAAGGAGCGGGAGUCGGAGCGCUUCAAAGCUUUCCGCAAAGGCCAGGAGGAUGCCAAGCACGCUAUGGAAUCUUCUGCUGCCGCUCCUGCAGUGGCUGAGAGUUCUCAGAACGGAUCAGCAAACGGCCAGAGUCGUACGCAGAAAGGAAGAGCGGCCAGUGUCGGCCCAGAAGAUAUGAUGGGCGUUGGGCCGGGAGCCAAUGGCGGCGAAUCGGACGUUAUGACUUCGUUGGCUGAUCUCGAUCUGUCCGGUGGCAACGAUACCCAUGGCGUGCAGAACGAGCCGUUAGUUCCGCACAGACAGGGCACCACCUCCUCACUGCCUGAAGGCAGCAAUGGCACCCCGGAGACCAACGGGCCGCCCGAUCCAACGAUGAAGCAUAUUGCAACGCUGGGAGGUGUUGCUCCAUCGCUCUUGGCACCAUUGACAGUGGCUCCAAAGAUUGACAAAUGGCUCGAAAGACUCACAUAUGCACCUGAAGGGGUUUUGUACGAAGAUGAUCAUAUACAGAUCGGUUGCAAGACUGAAUUCCACGGGGCUCUGGGUCGAAUCGCACUGUUCUUCGGCAACAAAGUCGCUACAGCCAUCACCGAUAUCACUAUGACGGUCGAAUAUCCCGAGGGGACCCUCCCAACCGCUAUCUAUGCUGCUUUCCACGACCAACCAGUGAAGGAAAUUGCCGGUCGAGCUCAGGUGCAAGAGCUCAUACAUGCCGAGUGCAAAGAUUUCUUCUCAGAACCCCCCGUCUUACGGAUGACAUACCUCGCCAACUCAUUCACAACCUUGGUUUUGAGACUGCCCAUGUUCUUGAGUAGAUUCAUAGAAGGAGUCAGCCUGGAGCAGGCAGCAUUCUUUGAGCGCUGGAAAAUUAUUGGAGGACCACCGAGAGAGGCGCAGAAGAUCUUCCCUAUCAAGUUGACUCCAGCUGGCGAGGUGGACUUGGCGAGAAAUGCCAAAGUCAUGUCCGGGAACAGAUUCAAGAUCUUGACUGGGAUAGAUCCAAAUCCACUCAACGUGAGUUGGAAUAUGAAGCUCUCUAGGAUGAAUUUGCUCAUGCUUGUCCAGAUUGUCGUUGCAGGCGUGCUGCACAUGUCUGCAGCUGGAAAGGUCGGUGUCCUCGCUCGACUUGAACCCAACAGGGAUGCCAAGAUGUGUCGAUUAACGGUGCGGAGUACCAACGACCAGGUGUCUGCGGAGCUGUUGAACCUGGCUUCUAAGCCUCUCAAUACAGACACCGCGACGUCUAUUUGAAUGGAGAAGGCUAUAGCGGUGGAUCACCUGGCUAGGCCAUCAUGAUCUUGAUGUCUUUUUAUACGUGAUCCAAUGACAUGGUGUUGUAUCGAUGGGACAUGGGCCGCUGGAAUGCAUAUCAUUUCACUGGAA